AUGUCCAAGCAGGCUUUUGCAGAUGACAUUGGGAGUCUGAAGGACGUUCUUGCGAUAGGCCUCGCUGAGGACGUCUGCGGUAUCUACAAGAUCUUGAGGGCUAGGUAUGUGUUCCGCGACUUCAGUGUGAAGACACGUCUCCUGGAUGUUGCUCUGGCGCCCGAGAAGCAUGCGGUCAAGAAGCUCGAGCAACUCAUGAAAAGCAUACUCGAAGCGGUGAAUGGUGACGAGAGGGCAGCAGCUGACUUCAGAAGCAAAGUGAAGGUGUUCUGCAGUGAUGGCGAGCCAGCGGAGCUGGCGGCUGGUUCCAUCUGCCGGACAAGGCUCCCGGCGCUUCGCACAGUCUGGCGGUGCACGCUUCAUAGUGGCCAGAAAAGCUUGGAAGCAGCGGUGAAAUCCGAUGAGAGGGUGAAUAUGCUAGUGACCGAGUUGGUGUCCCGAUUCAGCGACAGCGAUGGUUUGGGAAGUCUCGCCCGAGCGGUGACAAAUUCCACCAAACUGAAGUUUCACUUCACAGCGGUGCAACAGCGCGACCUCGACUCGUUGGCUGAGCUGGCGCUCCUGGCCUGCAGUGUCAGCCCUGUCGUUGCGAUAAUUCGUUAUGAAGUUUGA